ACGUGAAAGCAGCGCUGGGCGCAUCUGCCCUGGAAGGUCAAUUCCCCCUCCGUGUCUGACAGCCGGCGGCUCCUCCACUCCGCCAGUCACCCACCGCCAGCUUCCCUGACCCGCGUUCACCUCUAAGGGAUAAAGGGGGAAGCUCUCCAUGACGUCACGCCGAUGGCGUCAUUUCCCGACCCAGGCUCCUCUCCGCGCGCGCCGCGCAGCAUUGUGGGAAGCCGGAAAGGGGCCGCCGGGGGAAGAAGAUGGCGGCGCAAGGAAGGGGCCGGCUGGGCGGCGACAAGGAAGAGCGGGAGUCGGGGCGAUCGGAGUCGGAGUUGCUGCUGCACCCAGAGCUGCUGUCGGAGGAGUUCCUGCAGCUCACCCUGGAGCGGAAAAAUAUACUAGUUGAAAAUGAUGUAAAAAUGGACAAAGAUAGCCUUACUGAUCUCUAUAUUCAAUAUGCCAUUCCCCUGCCUCAGCGUGACUUACCAAAAAGUAGAUGGGGGAAAAUGAUGGAAAAGAAAAGACAGCAAAAUGAGUUGAAAAGUGAGAAUAAAAGUGUUACAAUGGUGGAAGGUCUAAGGAAGCGCCCAUUAAUUGUUUUUGAUGGCAAUUCAACAAGUACAAGCAUAAAGGUGAAGAAGACAGAGAAUGGAGCAGCUGAUCGCCUAAAACCUCCUCCAGCUGGAAGCACCACCAACACUGUUAGAAGAUUAUCAGUUCCUUCAAAUACCUCAACAUACAUUUCAGCCUCCAGUUUAUCAGAGGACGCAAAGCUGGGGAUGAGGAAUAACAAGCAGAACAAUGUUUCAAAGACUAACAGCAGUGUGUUGGCUGGUCUGAAGGAGUGCCCUUUGUCUCCAGGGACUACUGCUGUGAAGUUAAAGAGAGCUCUUCCCAAAGAAGAAUCUGAUUUGUCGAAUGACCUAAAGCCUACGGAAGCAAAGAAGAAAAUCCAGCAUGUUACAUGGCCAUGAAGUAGCUAAUGGUUCUUGAAACAUAAGUGUUACUUCCAGAUUUUCAAACAGAUAAGUCAUAUGUAAACAGUUGAAGUACAAUUCUUUUUAAAACUUACAGGGAUUCAGAUUGCUGUGAAGUUUUAACAAGUUUAAAGGUUCCCUGUUGUAAAGCCAGAGUCAUUAUCAUCAGUCACCUUAAGAGUAUCUACUCUUGUGCACCAACUAGUUCAUUACUUUUUUACAAGGUGAUAAUAUUAUAUACAUAACAUUAUGUAUGUAAUAUACUAAUUACAGAUUCUAAAGCCCCCACUUUUAGUUUUCAAGAUUAUUAUAGUUCAUCUCCUGCAUGUCCCUACGAUUCACACAUACAUACAUAUAUUUUUUUGUUUCAGUAAGAUUCGAUUUUGUUCCACUUCUGGUUAAAUAAUUAAAAUAGGUAUUGAAAUUCAGAGUGAUCCCAAGACCUUUCUUGGCUUCAAAAAGAUAAUUCAUUUAGAUGAGAGAACUGAUAAGGUACUCUGAGAAUUUUUUUUUCUUUUGUUGCACAGAACAAGAGUGUAGAAUUUACAGUGCAAGUUAGGUUGGUAAUAAGAGAUGAACUAUUUAACAGCAUUACUUCAAAUUGAAGUUUCUCUUAUUGAUGUAUGAAAUAAGGAACGCACAGGUGGGAGUAUAUUAUGAGACUGAUAGGAAUCUUUGAGAGGAAGUAGUGAAUGGGUUAGUGCCAUGUUCUCUUAAAUAUACAGGCAUGUUUGAUACGUGCAUAAGUGUGAAAAUAUGCUGAUAUAGCAGACAGAUUAUAAAAUAUGAGGAAGACAUGUGGAAUGCAGACCAGGGCUUUCUCAACUUCCUAACCAUUGGAUAGGGAAAGGGACAGAAAAAUAAAAAGUACCUCGAGAGCCUUAGCAUAUGUAAUUGCACUCUAAAAAACUCGCUGCAACCUGUGUUCCCUUCCUUUGAUAAUUUAAAAUGGAUGUUGGUUUUCUGUGAAACUUGGUGUUUCAUUUGGAUUACUGGUAGUGCUUUAUAAGGCAGAAAUCCAGUUAAGUUGAUGGGAACAUUUUUAUUAAAUCUCAGUGGCUCAGGGUGAAGCCAAUUUAGCUACAUUUUAGAUAUGGAUGGUAAAUAAUAACAACACUCCCAGACUUACUAAAACAAAGCCAAAACCAGAAUCAACUUCUGAAUCCACUUAGUUAACCCACUAAAAGAAGCUGUCAGUAGUGAUUUGAAAAGUUUGUUUACAUUUUUAACAUUGGUUAAUACUUAAACCAAAACUUGUAGCUUAAUUAAUUUCUGACAGAAAUUCGGUAUUCACUGUUAGGACAUAAAAGGCACAUCUUGAAUGCUGUAAAAUGGUAAGAAUGUGUGUUUUGAAACAGUGUGUGCUAUUUUCCUUUUACUAAAACCACUUGUGCAGUUUUUGUACUUGAGUACAGCAAACUUUAACAUAAUGUACAUUUUAUAUGUAAAGAGUUGUCUUUUACGUAGCCUUAUCCUAUUUAAAUAAAUUCAAUUAAAAGCAAACAAAGUAGUGCUGACUUGUUUUGUGAUGUAAUGAAGCUUGUUCAAUUUAUACUCAUAUUUUCCCUUGAAGUGAUUAGAACUUAAGAGAAAGCCUACAGGGUAAAAGGCUCUGUAGCUACUUUGGAGUUGUAGCAGCAGUUAGUAUCAUGUGAAGUGCUGGUCCUUGCACUAGUGUAGCAGUCUGGUAGGAGCUCUGUUUUGUGGGAGGCUUCUUGGCAGUGGUUCAGAGUCUAGGCUGUAUUUUGUUGUAGUUCCAGUUGCUAGGAGCACGUGUGUGUUGGUAUGUGUUAGGGGGCAAUGUGCAGAACUGUACUGGAAUAAUUGCAUGGUGCUGCUAUUGCCUGGUAACAGUCUUUGUUUUCAGGCCACUAUGCUUUCCAGCCCUGUCAUGUUUCACCUACUGUUUCCCAAAGGUGAGAGCAACUUGUUGUCUGUUGAAGUGCUUUGGGGGGCAAGCUGCAAGGUGGUCUGCCCUUACUGCUGCCUUCUACCCAUUUAGCUAAUAAUAAUCAUCCUUCUUUUCUCAGCAAAGCAUUAGAGCAGAGCUGCAAUGUGCUGGGUGGUUGCCAGACCUUAGAGGGAAAGGAAAGUGAGGUGCUUGCCCUUCUUUUGAGGAGUGUGGAUGUAAGUGGGAUUUUUAUGUUCUUUAAAGCAGCCUUCAUCAUGGGUUAAUAUCACCAAAGGAUAGAAUUCAGUCAUUCAGGUUAGCACAGUGGACAGCCAUCCAGCAAAGUUCUUCAAAUGGUGUACAGUAAACCAAAUUUGAUCUGAUAAAUCUGUUUAGUUUGUUGAAUUAAUGAGAGGAAUGAAUGAAUGAAUGAAUGUGAGCACUUUACACUUGAUACAAAAAGACAGAUUCAAGAGUGUUGGCAGGAGCUAGGAGCACUCUUUCUCUACCCACUUACACAGAGUAAGUAUAAUCUUAAUUCUUCUUUCUGCAUCUGUUAAAGUGUGAUAUGCCACUUUCCUUCUUAUUCUGAAUGCAAAUUAUUUCCAUCUUGAAGGUGUACCAGGGUUCUGUGUUGCAUAACAUGGCUGUGUUUCGUGGACCAAAUUAUCUUCCUUUGGAUUGUUUCAUUUUGAUUUUGUUGUCCAGCCAGCAUGCUGUUGCUGACAGUUUUCUUUGCAGCAAACAUGCGGCAGAAAUCAUGCUAGAGCAAAGCUUAUGACAUAUUGCAAACAGAACAAAAUGCCCUAAUAUUGGAGUUAUACUUCUGACUUUCACAAAGAUUAGAACUCUUUUGAGUUGUCUUGACCUGUCUUGCUGAGAACAAUAAUAUUUUGGUUUUGAGUUGAACACAUAUGAGCCUAUGAAGACAUUCUGGUCAGCUGCAAAAACACAUAAAAAUGUAUUUUUAUACAGUUGUUCAGUUUUGCUGAGAGUUUUCCCACUGAUUUCAGUUAGUAGAAGACUGCUGUAUCAGCAAGGGCCCUUAUGGGGGUUGUCUAAAUGCCACAGUUUCAUAAAUACUGGGUGAAAAAAGGGUUGUGUUUGUAUGGCUCUUACAUUGUUUCCUCAGAGUGUGAAAGCAUUUUAUUUGUAAAUAUCUAACAUGUAAAUAAACUUAAAGCACAAUCACAA